AUGGCUGAUGUGCUGGCAACAAAGCUGGCCGCUACUAAGAUCAAUGAUGACGCUUCCCCAGACAACUGGAAAGCUGGUCUAAACAUCCCAGCGAGAGAUACGAGGCAGCAGACCGAGGAUGUUACUGCCACCAAAGGCCUCGAGUUUGAAGAUUUCUCCAUCAAGCGAGAUCUAUUAAUGGGCAUAUUCGAAUCGGGUUUCGAAAAGCCGUCACCAAUUCAAGAAGAGGCAAUCCCUGUAGCUCUUACAGGACGGGACAUACUGGCUAGAGCGAAGAAUGGUACUGGUAAAACUGCCGCCUUCGUCAUUCCCGCACUCGAACGUAUCAACCCGAAAAGCAGCAAGGUGCAAUGUCUCAUCUUGGUACCUACUCGAGAACUCGCCCUCCAAACAUCACAAGUCUGCAAAACUCUUGGUCAACACCUAGGCGUCAACGUUAUGGUUACUACCGGUGGUACGACCCUACGAGAUGAUAUCAUGCGUCUCGCAGAACCUGUUCAUAUCAUUGUCGGCACACCAGGUAGAAUUCUCGACUUGGCAGGGAAGAAUGUAGCAGAUCUCAGUGAAUGCAAUAUGUUUAUCAUGGAUGAAGCUGAUAAACUCCUCUCACCCGAAUUUACUAUCGUUAUUGAACAGCUUCUACAAUUCCACCCCAAGGACCGACAGAUUAUGCUCUUCAGCGCAACCUUUCCCAUGACCGUCAAAGACUUCUCAGAUAAGAACAUGGCCGACCCUUAUGAAAUCAAUCUUAUGGAUGAACUUACUCUACGUGGUAUUACUCAGUUUUAUGCUUUUGUCGAAGAAAAAGAGAAAGUUCAUUGCCUCAACACUUUAUUCUCCAAACUACAGAUCAAUCAAUCAAUCAUCUUUUGCAACUCUACAAAUCGUGUCGAACUUCUUGCCAAGAAAAUUACAGAAUUAGGCUAUUCAUGUUUCUACAGUCAUGCGCGCAUGAUUCAAGCUAAUCGAAACCGUGUAUUCCACGACUUUCGAAAUGGUGUCUGCCGCAAUCUUGUUUGUUCUGACCUUUUGACCCGUGGUAUCGAUAUUCAAGCAGUAAACGUUGUCAUCAACUUCGAUUUCCCUAAGAAUGCCGAAACUUAUCUUCAUCGUAUUGGUAGAUCAGGCCGAUUUGGACAUCUGGGUCUCGCAAUCAACCUCAUCAGUUGGGAGGAUCGUUUUAACUUGUACAAUAUCGAGCAGGAGCUUGGAACAGAGAUCGCACCUAUUCCAGCGAUUAUUCCCAGAAAUCUCUAUGUCUACGAAACCCCCGAAAACAUUCCACGUCCUGUUUCCAAUUUUCAAACCAACACCCGUCAACCAUCUGGACGUGAUCAACAACAACCUACACAGCACUCUGGGAAUCAGAGAUCUUCUGGUCAAUUUAAUAAUUUUAAUAAUGGACGCCAGAAUGGUUCUGGCCAAAAUCAGAAUCAAGGACAAGGACAGGGGCAAGGACAAGGACCAAGACAAAAUCAAGGUCAGCGUCAAAGCUAUCCUAGAGGCCGAGGCGGAUUUGGUGGUGGUAGAGGAGGUGGUCAAGGACCACGACAGAAUGGCUUUGAUAACCCCAGAGGAGGUCGAGGCCAGGGUCCACCGGCUCAAUAG